AUGACAAUAAAAACGUAUACCACCGGGCCAUCCGGUUACGCUGUAGACUCAGGUACCAUAAGCGGCUUCACCACAAGUUCGCGCGGCGAGGACGGAAAAUUCAUUGGAGGCUACAACCGAGGCACGACAAAAUACAUUCCAAGCGAGUACGACGUCUACCAAGGAUCGAUUUCCGGCGGCGAUUACUCCAGAACGCAGCAGGGUUAUAGUUCAACAAUUUCCGGUUUCGAUUACUCGAAGACGCGACAGGGUUACGGCUCGACCCAAUCACCGCUGGCUGUAACGACGUACUCAGGAGUUUACUCGAAGCCAUCGCCGGUGAUCACGUAUCAAACCACCGCAAAGUCAACAGCGGUGGGUAAGGGUAAAGUAAUUGUCAAGUGGAGCGAUUUGCAUCCCAUCUUGCUGGGGAAACUCGGAGCCGAAUGUACCUGUCGAGGAGAUCCGUUCGCAAACCUCAGAGGACCAGGCUCGAAAUUGAUCAAUUCCUCAAAGGGCAAAGUGGAUUUGGCUAAUUACGACGAGUCGGACAUCUACGUAGAUCUUGAGAAAGAGAAUUCCUACGAGGAAGGCGAUUAUUCUAGCCGCGAGUAUCAAGGACCUGUUAAAAUCUGGAACAAUCAGAUACCCAAGAUUCCCAGUUCUGAAAUUCAAGAGAAACCUUCUUCCACUUAUCUGCCAAGCGUGACUCCGUCCGCAGGUCUGGGAGCCCGCGCCAGCGUUUCAGGAUUUUCCAACCGCGGAUUCGCUGCCAAUUUCAGAGCCGGGAAGAGCCUGAACAGCGUCAGUAACACCAACUCGUUCAACGCUGUUGCAAACAAAAAUUCUUCUGUGGAACAGCCAGCGUUCGGCGAGUCAGAAGAGGUAAUCGACGGAGUGACUAACUGCGCCAGGCCAGGUUUGUUCAGACAUCCUAACUUCUGUAACAAGUUCUACGCUUGUCAUUGGGACGAGUGGAAGAAGAAGUUCACUCUCCACGUGUUCAACUGCCCGGUGCAUUUGACUUUCGACAAUGGGGUGAGCGCGUGCAACUGGCCCAGCAUGGGGCCCGCUUGUCAAGACGAUAAUUUGUUAGUUUAGGACGGCGUACAGUAGCACAGCACGAUCUUUCGAGCAAACAUACAAGUAUCGUUAGAACAGGCACUCGAGGAGUCGAAAUCUUAUCUGGCUCUUCAGUUAACGAUAUCCAAAACACAUGUUAAAUUAACACGCUAUUAUGUGUGCUAAAAUCUUAUCGUAUUUCUUUGCCAAAAUAGGAAUGAUAAAAAAGCAAUUAUUAUUUUUGCUAAUUUUUUAAAAUUCAACUGCAUGCAUCAUUUGAUUUUACUUUGCAAUUAUUCAUAAUCGCAAGAUCGUAUCCGGAUGACAAUAGCGUGAGGCAGCGUUCAAUUAUAACUCGAUAACGGUUAAUUCUGAAUUUCCUACCGCGUGCGCACGUGGUCGCAAAUGCUUUCACGGAAAGGAGACAAAGAAGAAGAAAGAUCCAAGGCGAUCGAGGUAGUGCCGCGAUGCGAAAGUGCGCCGAGGCCCGACCGACUGUCCACCGAGUGAAAGUCAAGCUGUGCUCGCCGAUCCAAAUCGCCCGCGACCGAGACAAGUCGAGCGCGAUUUAUUAUCUGUAAAUAUGAGUACUUAUCAAAAUUUGUAAAUGUCCCUACUUAUCAAAAUUUGUAAAUAAUGCCCUUUGGAGAAAGAGAGGAAAAUCGAAUCCGCGAAGAAGAAAUUCCAAAAAACGGUAAAAAUAUGUCUAGUACUUAAUCUAUAAUUAUUACUAUUGCCUCUAUAAAUUAUUAUCAAUUUAUAUUCCCUUUUAAAAUUGGCAAUUUAAAUCUUGUAUGUAUGUAUAAUUAUUUAGAAAAGGGAGGUACGAUUUUCGCAUGACAAUUGAACCCUUCGAUUCGUUUACUUUCUUUUCCGGAUUUCUCGCUUCCUGGCAAUCGGCGAGAAAUUUACUUUUAACGUUCUUACGCGCUACUUAAGCUUGCCUUGAUAUUCUGUGUUCAUUCUCGUUCCUAUUCUCUACUUCCCUCACCCACCCCCCGCUUCCUCUCGAUGCAAUUAUUAUUUAUUUCACCGCCUGUUUACUACCCUAGGAUUUAAGAGUACCGUAAAUCCUUCGCGGAAAUCAACGACAUUUUUGUUGCGUCGACGAGAAUCUUUUUUUUUUAUUACUCUCCUCUUUGCACACUUAGAUCGAAGCUUCGAUAAUCGUGCCAUUUUAUGGUUAUCUAAAUGUAAUAAUACGAACUUAUAAUAAAUAUAAUUGUACAAAAAUCAA